AGAACUUCAGCGGCGAUUCGGAGGCGGCGUUGCAGUACGGAGAAUCUACACCGAGAGAUCCCGUUACUCCACGUUCUUCGAAAGCGACGCGAGGAAAACAGACGUCGAUUCCCAAAAAUAAGUACGAACAUCCCAACUCAAGCUCCCUCAUUGCGGCCGCAAGAGAUGCCUAUAGAUGGCGUUUCCCAGCCCCGACGAUAACGAAUGUCUUACCAUCAGAACGAUAUGGGUGGCUUUGCUUAGCAAUCUGAUGUGGAGCGGUGUUGAUUCCACGAUGUUCGAGCCGGUGUGCCCGCCUGUGAAAAUCUAUGGUCCCUGCGGCGAAAACUGCGGGGCGGGCUGCAGGCCGCCACUCAUUUGCUGCAGCACCGGUUGCGGCAGAGCCUGCAAACUGCCCGUCUACAAGAAAUGCCCGCUGCCGGAGUUGCCGCCUCAUCCCUGGUAUUAUAAAUAAUUUACACCAUUGUGGGCAAAGAUGGAAGAAAAGGGCCGAACGUCGUGCUAGCGUCGUGCUGACAUCUAUCGGCAGAUCUCCAAACAAUCUCAUAUCACGACACCUGGGCGAAGAAACUCUGUUGGAAGAAAAGUGAACUGCUACAUUCUACAGCAUGGUCAAUCGAUAUUAUGAUGGUAUGAUGUCAACUUACCUCAGCGAAGAUGUUUUGGGAUUGUGUACUUAGAAAACAUGUACAUUCUGUUAAUAAUUUGUUAAUAAACUGUUGUUAAUAUCAUCUACCUCGUUAGUAAAAAAGACGUUCAUAAAUGUUACACAAAUAUUAU